CUGCUGCUGGUCGUGGCCGCUACCAGCCCACCCCUCCUCCUCCUCCUUCUCCUCUUCUUCGCAGCGGAGCGCCGACUUGAUGCGCAUAAUAAAUCAUCUUUGCAAGAUCCCUCUGUGAGCCCAGCUCCAGAAAGACGCGCGUUGGAUUUCGGAGCGUAAACAGAGAGGCGAGGGUCUAACCUCGUAUAGAAGACACGGAGAUAUGCUUUAAACGCGAUUCAGUGCUGCAAAACAACGUGGGUGUAAGGGGUGUGUGAGUGCCUGUGCAUUUUUCUUAUUUUUUUAUUUAUUUUUGGUUAGGGAGUGGAGGAGAGGAGGCAGAGCAGCGAUAUGAGACGCAUGUGUUUCAGCCUCUUUGCCACCGGCCAGCACAGACUCACUUGUACCUGUAUGAACGACCUUGCGUUUGUGACCGAAAUUUUUCUCACCAAAUUAUCCCCGUGGAAGAUCAAUUUUUCUCUGAGGGCUGAAUUCAACUCCCGCUGGGCUCAAGACACUUCUGGGCAGGAGGUCACGCUCUUUUCCCUCUGAGAACGCAAGUGCCAUUUUAAAGCUUAUUGGAUGAAAGUCUCAUUUACCCCUGGCUGCCAAAGAUGACGCUGCCAUGGAAACUGCUUAUAUUGCUAUCAAUCAUCUACAGUCUGACAGACUGUCUGGACAGUGCAUCAUACCAUGGUCCACGGUGGAGGAUGGAGCCUGCGGACCUGUUUAUCCCUGUAGACUCCAUAGAGGAAGAAGCCACCCUUACAUGUGAUGCUAAGGGAACACCUCCUCCUCAGUACAGAUGGUCACUAAAUGGGACUCUCAUAAAUCUGGGACUGGAUCGUCGGCGUCGUCUGUCUGGGGGCAACCUCAUUAUAGGCAAUCUGAACCGCUACCAGGAUGUAGGGAUGUAUCAGUGUAUGGCCUACAACACUGUAGGAGCUAUACUCAGCAGGAGAGCGAGUCUACAGUUUGCCUAUUUAGACCAUUUCAAGGUUCACACCAGAAGCGCUGUGUCAGUUCGAGAGGGACAAGGAGUGGUGUUAUUAUGUGGGACACCAACUUCAUCUGGAGAUCUUACUUAUGCCUGGGUCUUCAAUGAGUAUCCAUACUUUGUUCAGCAAGACAAUCGGCGAUUUGUCUCCCAGCAGACAGGAAACCUUUAUAUAGCUAAGGUGGAGCCCUCUGAUGUGGGGAACUACACUUGUGUGGUGACGAACAGCAUCACAAAAGGCAAGGUCCAGAGCUCACCGACAUCUCUCAUCCUCAGGACAGAUGGAGUGAUGGGUGAAUACGAGCCAAAAAUAGAAGUUCAUUUUCCAGACAAUGUACCUUCUUCUAAAGGAUCAACAGUUACUCUAGAGUGCUUCGCCCUUGGAAAUCCUGUCCCAGAAAUCACCUGGAGGAGGGCUAACGGAGUGCCUUUUCCCAGCAAAGUCAAAAUGAAAUACUCAAAUGCAGUACUGGAGAUUCCCAGCUUCCAAAUGGAUGAUACAGGAGGGUACGAGUGUGUGGCCGAGAACAAGAUGGGAAGGAACACGGCUGCCGGUCGACUGGCUUUUUACGCCAAGCCUCAGUGGAUCCAGACCAUGAAGGACACUGCCCUGGCCAUAGAGGAGAGGCUGCACUGGGAGUGCCGUGCUAACGGCAAGCCUAAACCCUCCUACGCUUGGCUGAAGAACGGUCAGCAGCUUCUCUCACAGGACAGGAUCCAUGUGGAGGAUGGGGUCCUGACGGUGUCGCCACUCACUCUGUCAGAUGCUGGCAUGUACCAGUGUGUGGCUGAGAACAAACAUGGCGUCAUAUAUUUUGGAGCUGAGCUAAUGGUUUUAGCUUCUCCUCCAGACUUCGCAGGAAACAUCCUCAGAGCUUUGCUCAAAGCCAAAGCAGGAACAACUGUGGCUUUGGACUGCAAGCCCCUGGCCUAUCCCACAGCAAGCAUUUUGUGGAAGAAGGGGAAUCUCCCUAUUCCUAUUCACACCGAUGACAGGAUCACGCUUUCUCCCGAUGGAACUCUAAGGCUUGCAAAUGUGAGUAAAUCGGAUGCAGGCAGUUACACGUGCUUCGCCAGGAACAGAUUUGGGAUGUCAAGCACAACGGGAAGGCUCCUGGUUACGGAUCCAACCAGAAUUAUUCAGGGACCGGUGGACAUGGAAAUCAUUGUAGGGGAGAGCAUUGUAUUACCCUGCCAGGUGGCCAGUGAUCCUGUCCUGGACGUCUCCUUCUCCUGGGCUUUUAACGGGCAGCUGAUCACCAAAGGAGACGGCCACUUUGAGCUUGUGGGCGGCCAGAGAACAGCCGGAGAUCUGAUGAUCAGGAACAUUCAGCUAUACCAUGCCGGCAAAUAUAUCUGCGUAGUGGACACAGAUGUGGAGAGCCUGUCAGCCGUAGCUGUAUUGAUUGUGAAAGGUCCCCCCAGCCCCCCGGACUCGGUGACGGUGGAGGAGGUGACAGACAGCACGGCCCAGCUAGCGUGGAGCCCUGGCAAAGACAACGGCAGCCCCAUCAUCAACUACAUAAUUCAGACAAAGACUCCGUUCACGGUGGGCUGGCAGAGGGUCAAUACAGUUCCAGAGGUAAUUGAUGGUAAAAUUCUCACUGCUACUGUGGUUGACCUGAACGCCUGGGUUGAGUACGAGUUCAGAGUAUUGGCCAAAAACGGUGUUGGUGUUGGUGAACCUAGUCCCGUGUCAGUGAAGACUAGAACAGAGGAUGCAGUUCCAGAUGCAGCCCCAGGUGAUGUAGGUGGAGGGGGAGGAAGCAGAUAUGAACUGGUCAUCACAUGGGAGCCUGUCCCCGAAGAACUGCAGAAUGGCGAAAGCUUUGGCUACAUCAUUGCUUUUCGCGCCUUCGGAGAAGUCAGCUGGACUCACGUGGCCACCUCGGCCCCCGGUGCGUCCCGCUACGUGUACCGCAACGAUAGCCUCGCACCCUUCUCUCCUUUCCAUGUGAAGGUGGGCACUUACAACAGCAAAGGACAAGGCCCCUUUAGCCCUGUUGUCACCAUCUACUCUGCAGAGACAGAGCCAAGCGGAAUGCCAGCGGGGGUUUGGGCCGGGAGUGUCUCAACCUCUGAGAUUGAGGUGAAUUGGCAGGCUCUCACCAUCACCCCUGAAAGGGUCCUGGGCUAUGAGGUGGUUUACUGGGAGGAUGAUACCAAACCAGAAACGAUGGGGAAAGUUAGAGUGCCUUGGAACCAAACCUCAGUAACAGUAAACAACCUGGAAGGAAACACGCAGUACUUUUUAACAGUUAGCGCCUUCAACACAGCGGGGACCGGCCCCUUUCUCCCUGCAAUCAAUGUCACAACAAAAAAGCCACCGCCUGCCCAACCACCGCUGAAUGUAGAAUGGACCCUAAUUGGCUCUCAGCUGUCUCUUUACUGGGAGCCUGUGGUGGCAAUGGAAUCAGAGUCAGAAGUUACGGGAUAUCAACUUUCAUACUGGAGACAGAGACAUAAAGAGGUAAACAGGUUCACAUCAGCCAAUUCCACAGCAGACCUGACCCUCCCAGAGAACGACGAUGACUACAUCAUUCGCAUUCAGACGCUGAGUGAGGGAGGACUGGGUCCAGCUUCAGAUCCCAUACGAAUCCACAGACUGAGUAUGAGCGCCCGUGGCUCCAAAGGCCUGAGUGUGGACACAUCCCCUCUCUCCUUAAUCCUCACUAUUUCAAUAUGUACAUUCAGGUCAAUGUUGUGACACAACCUCUCUGCUUUAUUUUCCCACAUUUUUUCUUUCCUUUUAAAAAGUAGCCAUGUUUUAUUUUUCUUCUUGCUUGGAAAUGACAGUUUUAUCGUGCUCUAUAGAAAUGUGUGAAGAAGUUGGAGCGUGCUGCUGAGUUAAUUCACAUUAUUUGCUUGCCUUUAUUUACUAAUUUUUACUUGUGGGUGUGACAUUUUUGCCAGUUGGGAACAAUAUACCAUUUCGGCUCUUUACUUUAAUUCUUGAAUAACACAGAUGCCUUACUUCCAUUCAUGUGCCAAAGUAGUUUCAGCCUUCUUUUUGUAAAAAAAAAAAGGAUAGCAUCAUGCUUUUCUCAGCAUUCAGUUUCAUGCAGUUUACAAUCAUUAAGCACUCGGUGUAACUUUUAGAGGGCCUCGGUGAGAGAUUUUAGUUUUGAUCUCCAAAAUUUCUGUAUUCUCCUUCAUGCCUAAAUCCGACCGUUUUAACAUGUUAAUUCUCACAUGCUUGUGCCUUUGAACAUUCUCGCAACGGCCCCAAUUAUAAAGACAUCCAGCAGCCUGUAUUUAUACAUAUAUAUGCUCCAUUAGAAAUUGGUUGUGUCCAGAAGUUUUUUCAUAAAACACCCCAUAGUGUUACCCAUUUAGCUUAUUAUGGUUUAAUUCCGUAAAGCUGAAUGUUGGCUCCUUAAGGCUUUAACGUUUAAAAAAUAAAUAAAUAAAUAGCUGCAGUGGAUCGCUGCCUAAAAAUCUGGACUUGGCAUCUAGAGACAUGGCAUGAGCCUGCAAACGGCAGUAGGAGCAGUGCUGCAUUGUACAAGCGCCAGAGUGUUUUUUUUCUUUUCAAAUUAUCAGACGACUACAACAACAAAACUCUGGCAUUUUUAUGUCCAAAUAGUAGAUUCUUUCAUUUGAAAAAUUUGACAGUUAAAUAUAUGAUGUAUUGUGUCUUUCACUUCCAUUUUAUAGGAAGGAAUAAAACAGGUGAGCCAUGAAACAUAGAUGUCUCAAAACGUUGUGUUUUGCCUCAGUUUCCCCCUGAGCAAAAACCUUAAUGAAAAUGUAGAGAGGACAAAAUUCACUUCAAUCUAUACAGCAAGAAAAUGUAGCCGGCGGGCGAAAAGAUGUUGAAAUAGAGAUGUUUAUUGAGAUGUAAAUGAUUUUCAAAGGCUUUCUUCCAACAUUUCCGCUCAAGUUCAAUUUGAACAGAAUGUACGGACAAUACACAAUGACUACCUGAACUAAAACAGGCAUAAAAAGCCUAUCGUUUAGAGGGUUAAUCGUUCUGUAUCAUAAACUAAAAAGCUGUAGAGUGACUUUUAAAUCAAAUAUAAAUUUAUUUAUCUUUUCCAAAUAAAACACCCCACUUUAAAUCCAAUGUAAAUGAAGCU